ACCAUAAAGUUUCGAAACAAUCUGUGGCAACACAAAUGGUCUCCUUUCCACGUUGAAAUUUACUGAACCGGUUCACGCCUAAUAAAUAUCUAUGUAUAUCUGUCUAGAUUUUCGCAUCUGACUGUGAAUGAACUCCCUCCUUCGCUUACAACAACUGUGGAAUUCUGACGUAACGAGAGAUCUGGUCGUAUCGGAAUUGUGUCGCUCGACAAUCAGGCCGAAGGGAAUCGCAAUAAAAUAAUGACGGAGCAAGAAAACGAGGAAUUGGCACCGUCAAAUCUCGGCACUCUCGAAUUCUGGGAGAACGCGUACGCCCAGGAACUCGACAACUUCCACGAUCACGGCGACGUGGGCGAGAUAUGGUUCGGCACCGCCAAUUCGCGCAAAGUCGUACGGUGGAUCACCACGAAAUUGGAUUUAAAUAGAGAAAGCGAUAAAAUAAUCGACGUAGGAUGCGGUAAUGCAAUGACUUUGGUAGAACUCGCGAAACAAGGUUUCGCAGACUUGACAGGAGUAGAUUAUUCACAGAAAGCGGUGAAUCUCGCCCGUAUGGUGUUGAAUGAUAAUAAUUUACCAAAUGUGAAAUUAGAAGUCUGCGAUAUUCUCAAUAAUACAUUAUCACAUGACUUUAAACUUGUCCAUGAUAAAGGCACUUAUGAUGCUAUUAGUUUAAAUCCAGAAGAUCCAACAGCGAAGCGACAGAGAUAUAUAGAAAAUAUACAUCACAUUCUUUUGCCAAAAGGAUAUUUAGUAUUGACUUCCUGUAAUUGGACCAAGGAAGAAUUAUUAAAACAAUUUACGAAUCAUUUCGAACUCGAAAGUCAACUUCCUGCGGAUACAUUUCAAUUUGGUGGACAGACAGGAAAUACUGUAACACAAUUGGUAUUUAGGAAAAAAUGAUAAUAAAAAAAAUUUUUAUGUGUAUAUUUAUAUAUACAUAUUAUACUACAUACACAAAUAAACGAGAUAUUUGUA